CACCCCCACCCUCGCAGGCCUGGCGGUGGCGAGCAGCGCAGCGCGCAGGCAAGGCAGGCAGAGCCAGAGCAGUGCAAUCGAACUUGGGAGGAGACGUCGUCCGUAGGCGCCAUGGGCUUCGGCAAUCGGCCGAAUUUGUGAGCGCGUUUCGGCCGUCGGUGAGCAGCGCGCGAGGCAAGCCGGUGCGGCGGCGACGAGGCCAGCGGAGGCAGCCGCCGAGCGAGCGAGCGAGCCGCCCCCGACCCGGGGGUUGGUCGUGUCCCUUGCGCGCGGUGUGCGCUGCCAUGUUCGUGACGCAAUGGCAAGCAGCAGCAGCAGCACCGUGGGGCCGCGUAAUUAGCGCGGCGGCCGAGCCGUGAGAGGAGAUUUGCACGGGAUACAUGCCUGCAGCCGAGUGACCCACCCGCGACCCAGGCAUGUUCUCCGGAAUCGUCAAACUCAAGAUCUGCGAGGCCAGCGGGCUGCGGCCCACCGACUUCCAGAAGCGGCACCGCGCCAACAUGGCCUUCGGCAAGCCCGAAGACCAGCCGAUCGACCCGUACGUCAUGGUGGACGUCGACGAGAACCACCUGGACCGCUCCACCACCAAGGCCAAGACCUUCGACCCCGUGUGGAACGAGAACUUCACCACCGAGGUGACCAACGCCGUCAACCUGGGCCUCACCGUGUUCCACGACGCGGCCAUCCCCCCGGACGACUUCGUGGCCAACUGCACCAUCCCUUUCGAGGAGCUUGCCCACCGAGACCACAACGACAUUUGGGUUGAUCUUGAACCGCAGGGGAAGAUACACGUCAAAGUUGAUUUGAAAUGGACUACACAAGAUCACCCAAUGGAGAAGCCGCGGGAGUUCAAGGAAAGACAGGGUUUCAACAGAAGAAGGGGCGCAAUGAGGAGAAGAGUCCACCAAAUCAACGGUCACAAAUUCAUGGCAACUUUCUUGAGACAACCUACGUUCUGUUCGCACUGCAGAAACUUUAUUUGGGGUUUGGGUAAACAAGGAUAUCAGUGUCAAGUGUGUACUUGCGUUGUUCACAAAAGAUGUCACGACCAGGUAGUUACAAAAUGUCCAGGCUUAAAAGAUGGUGCACCAGAGGAACCAAGAGAAAAUUUGCAGGGCCAGGCCCAGAGGUUUAAUGUUAACGUCCCACACAGGUUUGUUGUGCACAACUAUAAGCGCUUUACAUUCUGUGAUCACUGCGGUUCACUCUUGUAUGGCCUUAUUAAGCAAGGACUCCAGUGCGAAGUUUGUAAUAUGAAUGUCCAUAAACGCUGUCAGAAGAAUGUAGCCAACAAUUGUGGUAUCGAUACAAAACAAAUGGCAGAAAUCCUCAACGCCAUGGGAAUAUCUACUCACAAGCUGACACCCAGGAGAACGAAGACGCCAAUCAGUGGAUCUUCAAAUACCUCACACUCUGACAAAAGUUUGACCCAACUUAACGUGCCUGCCGAAGACGAAGCAGCAGGGUCCACUACCGGCUCACAGCAGGAUGACGAAGUUCACAUGAGACUGGUGGCCCAGAAAGUAAUGGAGGAGAAAAUUAGAGAAAACCUAAAAGAUGCAGAAGUUCCAGAUAUUGACUACGGUCAAACAGAGGUGCAGACUGAAAGAACAGGCAAGGAAAAGAAACUAGGUCUGGAAAACUUCAACUUCCUCAAAGUGCUUGGCAAGGGAAGUUUUGGAAAAGUCAUGCUGGCAGAGAUGAAAGGGACUGAAGAGGUGUAUGCUGUGAAGGUUCUGAAAAAGGACGUCAUCAUUCAAGAUGACGACGUUGACUGCACGAUGACCGAAAAGAGAAUUCUUUCACUUGCGGCAAAGCACCCCUUCCUCACUGCUCUCCAUUCUAGCUUCCAAACAAAAGACCGGUUGUUCUUUGUGAUGGAGUAUGUGAACGGCGGCGACUUGAUGUUCCAAAUCCAGCGCGCCCGCAAGUUCGACGAACCUCGAGCCAGGUUUUACGCCGCAGAAGUCACUUUGGCCCUCCAGUUUCUGCACAAGCAUGGAGUUGUGUACAGAGACUUAAAACUGGAUAACAUUCUACUUGACAAUGAAGGCCACUGCAAGCUGGCUGAUUUUGGCAUGUGCAAGGAGGGCAUCAUGCAAGGUGUCACAACCACCACUUUCUGCGGCACCCCUGACUAUAUCGCCCCAGAGAUUCUCCAAGAGCAAGAUUACGGUGCUAGUGUGGACUGGUGGGCGUUGGGUGUGCUGAUGUACGAAAUGAUGGCCGGUCAGCCACCUUUUGAGGCAGAUAACGAAGAUGACUUAUUCGAGUCGAUAUUGCACGACGACGUUUUGUACCCUGUGUGGCUAAGCAAAGAUGCUGUGUCGAUCUUAAAAGGGUUCAUGACUAAAAACCCAGCAAAGAGGUUAGGAUGCGUAGUUUCGCAAAAUGAAGAAGCGGCGAUUAGGAUUCAUCCGUUUUUCAAAGAAAUCGACUGGGUUGCAUUAGAAGGGAGAAAAGUAAAGCCACCGUUCAAGCCUAAGAUUAAGAGCAAGAAGGAUGCACUCAACUUUGACUCCGAGUUCACCAAGGAGGAGCCUGUGCUGACUCCUAUCCACAUGGACGUGGUGCGCGCCAUUAACCAGGAGGAAUUCAAAGGCUUUUCCUUCGUCAACCCAGACUUCAAUCCUAUGCGUUUCCACGCAGACAAGUAACCACUAAUUGCCUAGUCAGAAGAAUAUCAGUCACCUGAUCCCGCUGAUCUUCUUUUCUCCUCCUGCCGACAAGUGGGUAUUCGAUUUUUGGACAUUGUUUUGCCGCGUAUUCGGUUUUCCGUCUCUGAGAGGUGCACCGUAUUACUCUCGAGAAUCGCUGAGGCUUCGUAUCUCCCUUGCCCUGGUUUGAGUUUCCAAGAACCAGAGGAUUUGUAGUUGCACAACGAAUCUCAAAAAUCGAUUUUAAUUUUCCUGUCGCCAUGUUUCUUCGGAAUCUAGUUGAGACGUGUUAUGUUUGCAAGUCUAAAAACACACAAAAAUUGUCCUCGGAGGAGUUUUUAUCGAAUCUCCUUUCAUUGAAUUGGUUUUGCCAGUGAAUUGGUAUAUGAAAUUUUACUCUGUACAGAAGAAACGUGAUGUCUGAUCAAAAGGGUGCUACGGCAGGCCCUCCGAAGAAUUCUCUUAUACUGUUUUAGACGUAUUGUCGCUCUGCAUUUUAAUUUAUUGAUCGUGUUAAUUUAUUUUAAGCAUAAAACAUACAUCACAAUUAAUUUUAAGAAACACGCUAUAUAGCAUUGAAUUUACCUUGUUCGAGCGCUGGACCCGAGCCCAAAAAAGUCGGUUCAACUGAACACUAGUGCAGUCAAGCAAAGUCAUAAAACUAUGUGUGGCUGUCGGCAGACGGCACCUUGGUUGGUCUAAUUGCCGUCCCCGUUCCACUGGGCCACUCUCAAGCUAUCACUCAUUCCUAGUCAAAGCUGCCGAGCAGGGCGGAAAGAAAAUCAAUCACUUGCUGAUACAGAUAAGAUUUUUAACCAACUGCACGUCCUCGACAGUCACACAGCCAAGCAUGCACAGCUAUUCGUGAUUUGAUAUUAAAAAUUAAAACUGAGCACCACACUAAAAUUCGCAUUUAGGAAGAAGCCAAGUGAACAAACAUGGUCGUUGUGAGUGUACGGCAGAUUCGAGGAAAACGUCAGUCAUUUUAUGAUUUCUUAUUUUGUCUCGCUUGUUAUCGUGGAAGUUGAUCCACCGAUUUAGUACUUAACAUUAAAAAAAACUGUUGUGACAGCACUUUGGUUCAAUCUCACACUGUUGGCGAGAGAUGAAUUCAGUUUUUAAACUUUUAAUGUUGUUUUGUUGGUUGUGCUCUAUAUAUGAAUGUCUAUUGUGCCACUGCCGGUGGACCGUAGUCUAUCCUGCGUUUGGAGCGUUAUUAUUAUCUUGAAUUAUAAUUGUUCGGUGAGCUAACACACACCCCACAGCGGAUAUAGGCCAAUUUAAAAACAGAUGCCACACAUAUUAAACUCUCUCACAAACACACACACACACACACACAAACUCACAUAUGCAAAAGUUGUUAACAUUGUCGGUGUCGAUUCUCCUCAGCUUUCGCCACUUGGACCGAGAAUAAAUAAUAACGAUUUGAUAGCAUGCAUAUAGUUAUUAUGGAUGAUUGAUAUACAUCCGAUCGGAAAGUUAUAUUAAAAAAAACACACCUCACAAAAAACCGAGAUACAAAUUUUGUACUUAUUAUUCAGUAAGCACUCAUUUUUCUUUCGCUUCUGGUUCUUUUUGACCUACGGGUGAAACAGAGACGUAUCAGCACACAUACACAUUUAUUGACGCGAUUUGUCCACACACUCACACUUGGGUCGUGCAACAAAACCGCUCUCGGCGCCCUUUGCAUGGCUGGCUACCUUUAAACCUUGUCUUGUCAAGAUUCAGAGGUUUAGCCAGGACCCAACUCGGAGCAAAGCAGGUGGGCCCUGGUCUAAUCUAACGGGCCCCGCGACCGGUUUUUAUACUAACGUAAGCACUCUUGAGCGCGAAAAACGAAAUUUGCAAAUUUAUAUAUAAUAAAUAAUUAUAUAUAUAUUUAAAACGAAAAAAGAAACUUAGAAAAACAGAAUCACCGGAAAAGCGCGCUUUAGAAGAAAAAAAACUAGCACAAAUUUGAGAAUGCACAUUGCUUGAGAAGGCUGUUCUAGAUGAAAUAACACAAAAAAAAGAAAAUGUUUGAGGAAAAAUGAAAUAACACAGAUCAAGCGGAGUACGGCGGAAAUUGGUUAUUUCGCAAAUAGCUAAUGACGUAUUCACGCAAGCAUUAAUUAUAUAAAAUUAAUAAAUAAUUGAACACUGUGUGAUGCAUGUGCAUUUAACUAACCACAAGAAGUAAGUGCGGAUGGGUAUAUAAAAAAACUCUUCUUCGAUAUAUGUAAAGUGUGUGAAAAAUUAGUUGGUGCGUGGGUGGUGAAUCAGAACGCGAGAGUGCUUGAACUUGACGCUGAGCAAGAGCAUGUGUACCUUUCUUAUUAACCUGUACAUGUGAAAAAAUCUAAAAUCGCCAAAAAAAAAAAUGCAAAACUGCUUUUCACCUUCACGACGAGCGCACGUGCAGAGGAAAAUUUAUUGAAAAAGGCUAUUACAACAGUUAUUAUUACAUUCACACUAUUAAUUAUUAUUACCAAUAUUAUUAUUGAGAUAACUAAUUAAAUAUAAAAAUACAUGCUAUGUCAAACUAUGCAUUACUGAAUUACAUUAGGACAUAAUGGAAGACAAACAAGUUUUAGCUGCAGUGAUCCCUUCCAGAGCUUGUUGUGAGAUUAUGAAAGUACUAAGGAAAUAAAAUUCGGUGUGUUUUAAUGUCUUGCUAUAGCGAAACAAAAUAAUUUAAAAGAAAAAAGAAGUCGAAGCUGCGAAACAACUUCGUUGUUUACGAGAGGAAUUUCUUUCAAUGGAACACGCGUAAAUUAUUUGUUGCAUUUAUAUAGGGGAAGGCCACGUGCGCCCCCUCAUUUUUUGAUCAAGGGAUAUUUGCAAUGUGCGUUAUUCUUAUUGAAAUUUUUAGUAUAAUCGAGUGUAAAAUCAUUAUUUACAAGGAACACGCCACAUCACAGACGCAAAGUAUUUGUUGGAUUGUGUAUUACUGUUUUUCUGUUCUUUGGCAUCACUGUAGUGUUUUUGAUUUCAAUCAGACAGUGCCAAAUGUGGUCCCAUUUUACCAAAAGAGUAUUUCAAGCAUUGAGUAUUACGCUGAAAGUAUUAUACUAUUAUUGUUAAUUAUUUGUUACAUUUAUUUAUUUUUUGUCUGUAAAUUAUGUUAUUCUUCUUGUCAAAGUGUACAAUUUCCUGUCGCAGUAUUACAAACUGACGAAUGAUUUUAGAAUUAAUUCACUAAUUUAAUGAUUUUUCAUUUUACCAUCUCUGAUUGUGAAAUAAAUAAACAGAAAAUUGAA